AAAUAAAUAUAGUUUUUCAGGUGCAAUGUAUGGUCAUCAGUUUUACAUAUGUGUUGUUAAAAAUUCUAACAUAAAAAUUGAGCACUAUUAGUUCAAAGAGGUGUUUUUGAAAUCCAUGUAAGUAUAUGGCUGAGGAGGCUUAAUUAUACACUGUCCCUCCUCCAUCAGUACUGUACAUGUGGGGCAGAGUGAACAGCAGUUGCCAGUCAUUCUGUCUAAUGUUCAGAAGCAGGGAGUCCUGUGGAUACAUAAAAUCCAUUAAGGCUCUUGAAAAACAAAUUGAGAAAAGGAAAAAAGCAGUGUAGAAAAUGAUAUUUGAUAACACAUAAUGAUAGACUCACAAAUAGGCCAGGUUGAUUUGUCCUCCCUCAGAGACUAACAUCAAAGUAAAAAAUUAACACACAGUAAGACCGUGCUAAAAUGUUUCCAUAAUAGUUCAAUAUGAAAAAAAGUUUUGUUUUUAAAAAAAAUAUAUAUAUAUAUAAUAAUGUAGUUACAAAACAUAAGAUUAUCCAUCUCAUUUGUCUCAUUUGUAUGUUGCAGUCUCACAGACACACUUCACGGCUGUAACUGGGCCAGGGGCAAAUACAAGAGGCUCGAGUGGCUGCAUGUGAGGCACAAAAAUAGCAGUAGUUGUCACACUGCAGGGAGGGCCUCAUACCAAAUAUCAAAACAGCUCCGUCUCUAUAGCAAGUCUUGGAACAGCAGACCUGAACAUCAGCCAGAGGGAGAGGAAACGACAACAGAGACGUAAAGACAACAACGGGGACGGGUCUGUUUUGUCAUAGCACAUCAGGGUCAAAGGAGGCAAAUCAGCAUGUCACGAGGCAGUUUUGUCUUCACAAACACGGCCUUGCGUUCUCUUGAACUUGACGAGGACAUGCUAGAGAGACACAAGUACAGGAGGCAAGUGUCCUCAGUGCAUGUCAACAACUACAUGUGGAAGAAGGAGGCCAGGGACAGAGACCAUCUGAGAUCUGCUCCUGCUCUUCCACCAGCAAUCUGCCAAGACGUGGUGGUUCAGAACGCUCUGUAUACAGGAGACCUAGAGGCUGUGCAGCGGCUCUUUCCAAGGGGGUCCACAGGGAACCUCAUCUUUGAGCCACUGGGCGGGGACAUGCGCUGGGUUGCCAGAGGGGAAGGACUGUGGUCACUGACAUACGAGCAGGAACUGACCACCCCACUCCACAUCACGGCUGGUCGAGGAUUUACAGAUUGCCUGAAACUGCUGCUGCAACGUGGGGCCAACAUAGAUCUGGCGCCUGGUGGCAUAACCGCUCUCCACGAGUCUUGUGAAAACUGUCAGCCGGAGUGCACCAAGCUGCUGCUGAUGCAUGGGGCCAACGCCAACUCUGUGUCUGAGGAGGGUCUCAUGCCUCUGCACCUGUGCACCUGCCCAGAAUCUUUUGAGUGUGCCAAAUAUCUCCUGCAGUUCGGUGCAGCAAUCAGUGGUCGCACUCUUGAUGAAAAUGACACACCUUUGCACGUAGCAGCCAGGUACGGCCUUCCAGACCACACUGAGAUGUACCUUCGUUACGGAGCCGCAGUAGACAAAGAGAAUGAAGAGGGUAUGACUCCACUGAACAUUGCCUGUUCUCAGCCUCAGAAGUUGCAGGAUCUUGAGCGGUACUUCAAGGUCUGCCAGCUGCUGCUGGCGGCGGGUGCUGACGUCCACACCAUGGACCAUGACAGGCACACUCCUUUACACAUGGCCUGUAAGAACGUAAAUCCAGACGUGGUGGACCUGCUGAUGGCUAACGGAGCCUGUGUGAACAACAUGGACUAUGGAGGUGAGGCUCCCAUGCACAACAUCCUGAAGGUAGUGUGGUGCAAACUCUCCCAUCAGCCUGAGAGGAUCGUCCGUGCUCUGCUCAACCAUGGAUCCAUCCGGGUGUGGCCUGGUGCUCUGCCCUUGGUUCUAAAGCACUGCUGUGCAUCUCCACGCACCAUUGAGGUUCUGCUGAAUGGCUAUAGUCACCUCAAAGUCACAGACACAUGGGUUGAGUCAGUUCCUGAAGAGGUUUUUAAGGAGCACCAGGAAUUCUAUCAGUCUGUCUUCUCCUUGGCGAUGACGCCUCGCUCCCUGCAGCACUUGGCUCGCUGCAGACUCAGGACCUUUCUGCAGGCCCGAGUCCACAAGGUGGUUCCCAAACUGGACCUUCCCACCUUCAUCAAGAACUACCUGCUCCUGGACUACAGAGGCUACAUCCACUAGAUCUAGAGAAUAGCGUGAAAAUAGAAAUGUUUGCUGAAGAGCAGAGAAUCAUAGUCACUGGCUCAAGAAUAUAUUCACUAGUUUGACUGUAUUUUUGCAUCACCUACACGUACUUUUGAGAAAGAAAAACAGCUGCUUUUCUCUCUUCAUUCAACAGUAUUCAUUCAGCACAGUUUUUGGUGUUUGAUUUUGUACCACCAGAGGGAACUAGAGACCUAAGUUGAUAAGGUAGACGCUGCUAAAGCAAGUAUAAGCAAUGGAGUAUUAUAUUUUAUUCAGUUAGUAGUCACUUUUUAAAAUUUUGCACUUAUUAGUUAUUAUUUUUUAUUUUUUAUAAGUAAUUAUUUCUAUUCAAUAUGUUUUUUUCAAGUCAAGUCUAAAGUAGGAAUAUCUGUAGUGAGGUAUUUAAUAAAAAAAAUUCCCUUUAAGUUGUCAAUGAUUGUUUUUACAUCUAAAUUAUAUAUAUAAU